AUGACAAGCAGAUUUGAGAAAUGUAUCAAGAAAAAGUUGGUGAAAGCAAAUAAAUGCUUGUUUGUAAUUCGAAAGCUGAGGAAUAAAGGAUACAGUCAAGACGAAUUAGGUCUUCUUUUUAGGUCACUGGUCCUGUCACAACUUACCUAUGGCUUAUCAGUCAUUGCUGCAUCACCGCCGGAGUUAACAACUAUAAUUCAAAACUUCUUAACUCGUUGUUAUAAAAGAAGAUACACCGCAUCAGAACAAAUAGAUACUAGUAAUAUACUGUUAGAGCAGACAGAUAGAAAGCUGUUUGAAAAGCUGU